UUCUGCGAAACCUUGCGUUUUAUCAUUUGCAUUAUAAUUAGUCAGUUCUCCUUCAUUGGAGAUUUAAAUAGUCGUAUUGCUAGCUAGGUUUCACUUUUUUUUUUCAGUUACCGUUUAAAUGGAUUCUGCUGUGCAUUGUCAAGUACUAUACCACGAUACAGCUCGUAAUUAAAAUUAGAAUGACGCAGCCAGACCAUAGAUAAUCUUAUGAUAAUAAGGAAGCUUCGGGACAAAAUAGUAAUUUUUUUCCUGUCGAUGUCGCUUUGAAUACACGAGUAGAAAUACACGAUGCAGUGACUCGUCUACUUGUCCGAGCUCAGUCAGUCGUCCGUUCGCGAGAUUAUUUCAACGCUGUGUGACUCGCGACUCGAUUUCCGUAGAAAUGAUGCUGAGAAUUUUCAUCUUGAUUUGCCUGAUUUCCUGCACUUUCGGCUUCGACGAUCAGCCUGAAAGCUGUACUCCUGAGGACCAGUGUCAGUAUCAGCCAACGUGGGAUAGUCUGGAUUCGAGACCUUUACCGGAAUGGUACGAUAAGAGUAAAUUUGGAAUUUUCAUUCAUUGGGGAGUGUUCGCUGUUCCAGCUCUGGGAGAAUGGUUCUGGUUCAAUUGGAAAGGAUACAAUUCAACUGGAGCUGCUAAUUACAUGAAGAAUAAUUUCAAACCAAACUUUAGUUAUCAAGACUUUGCUCGCGAUUUCACAGCUGAAUGGUUCAAUGCCACAGAAUGGGCACUUUUGUUCAAAAAGUCGGGUGCCAAAUACGUAGUGCUGACCAGUAAACAUCACGAAGGAUACACGUUGUGGCCCUCCAAGUACGCAUUUAGUUGGAAUUCGAUGGAUGUUGGACCUCACAGAGAUCUUGUUGGUGAACUUGCAACCGCCGUGAGAAACAGCACAAAUUUAAAAUUCGGAUUAUAUCACUCUCUCUACGAAUGGUUCAAUUUAUUGUACUUGAACGAUAAAAGCAAUAACUUCACAACUAGUAAAUUUGUCGAUUUCAAAACUGGACCAGAAUUAUACGAAUUAGUUCACGUUUAUAAACCAGAAGUAAUCUGGUCUGACGGAGAAUGGGAAGCAUCAGACGACUACUGGAAAGCCAAAGAGUUCCUGAGUUGGUUAUAUAACAAGAGCCCUGUCAAAGAUACAGUUGUAGUUAAUGAUCGAUGGGGAACGAAUACGUUAUGUAAACAUGGAGGUUUUCUCACGUGCACAGAUCGAUAUAAUCCAGAGAAGUUAAUACAACGCAAAUGGGAAAACUGUAUGACCAUUGAUAAAUACACCUGGGGGUAUAGGAAAAAUGCCAAUCUUGAAGAUUACAAGACAUCUCGAGAGUUAAUUCAACAGUUGGUAAUUACAGUGAGUUGUGGAGGAAACUUAUUAUUGAACGUUGGACCAACCAGCGAAGGUAAAAUAUUACCUAUUUUCCAAGAACGACUACUGGAUAUAGGAAAUUGGUUAUCAAUGAAUGGAGAAGCUAUUUACGAAACCAGACCAUGGCCUACUUGCCAAAAUGAUACAUUUACUCCGGGAGUAUGGUACACGACGAAAAAUUCCACCGAUGAAGGUCAACUUUUGUACGCGACGUUUUUCAAAUGGCCUGAAAACAAUACAAUUGUAUUAAAAUGCAUUUCGAAUUAUACCUUUGCAAAAAUGUCAUUAGUCGAGAGUGGAAGAGAAUUGAAGUUUACAAAUACAACCAAUGGAUGGGAAAUUCAACUCCCAGACAAGGCUGGAAUUUCGAUGGAAUGGGCUUGGAGCGUGAAAUUAACCAAUUCUAGGGUUUGGGAAAAUUAAAAAUCAAUGACGUAGACCUACUGUUAAUAGGAAUCCUUUUUUCAUUGAAAACAUAUGACUUCCAGUUAGAACGAUGUCGCCUUUGGUAACUUGUAUCAUGAGUAACUCGCUCUGUAUAAAAAAAAUAAAUCAAAAUCAGCUUCAAAUGAAUAAGUAUUACAAACAAACAAAAUAAAAAAAUAAAAAUAAAAAUAAAAUAAACUGAAAAUUACAUUUGUAGACCUAAUUUUUAAGGAAAAUACAACUAACUUAUGGUACACUAGAGAAUAUUUGUUGCAUAUUUUAGGUUUGCAGGAACAACGUAAUAUUUGAUUUGAUUGCAAUAAACUGUCUCCAUCAUCCAACCAUUUGCAUGAAAUGUAAACGAUUUUUAUGAAAAUUUGAAAUAUUUUUGGGAAAUUAUAAUUUUUUGCAUCCUUUUUGGCCAAUUUUUGAGUAAAUUUUACUUACAUCAAAACAAUUCUCAGUAUCCAUCAUUUUUUUCAACGUUUUAAAUUCAACUUUACAAAAUGUACUUCAAUGAAAUUUUUUGAUAGCAAUUUGUUCAGAAUUUGAACUUUUUUUGCGUCUUCAAAUUCAGAAUAGUUAGGUAUAUAAUUCUGUCUAUUUUUCGCUCUAUUUGUUGGACAGAUUUCAGACUUUUAAACAAUUUUAUGAAAAUUUGAACUAUUUUUUUAAAAUUUCGACCAUUUUGAUCGAUUUUUUAAUUUUUUUUUUCAAAUUUACAAUGUUUUUGAUGAUUAUUUCAAGUCCAUUACUUGCAAAUUUUACUGUUUUUGUUAUAAAUUUUUACAAUACCUACCUAUUUUGAAUAGGUACUGGUAUUUUCAAUAUUUUGGGUACCUUUCCAUUUUUAGAAAUUUUUUAGUUUGUAAUAUUUUUAGGUAUAUUCAAAGUGUCUUUAAGUUUACAUAAUAUAAAAUGUUGAUCAUUUUCUUGUGGGAUGGGGGAAAAGGGAGCAAUAAUUUUUUUUCCUAUAGAAAGUUCAUUGCCGAAUUCGUUUUUUAGAAAUAAGUGGAUAUCUAUUGAGUUUUUCAUUUUUAUAAUAAGUUUUUUUGAUCUUUUUUUUAAAAAAACAUUACUUCGAAUUUUUUCAAUAAAUUAUCAUUAUCCCUUUUCAGUUUCAUCCUAGUUUUAAACACGUUUUGAUUAAAAAAAAAUAGAAUUAAUGACUACUCACUUUGCUUUCUCAAAUCACAAAAUGUUAAUUUGUGAAGUGAAGUACAGGAUUGCUUAGAGAGAUGAUAGAACUUUUUGGGUCAAACUAAACGGGGAGGGAGUUUGAAUUUUUCAAGUUUCUAUUUAUCAUUUCGAAUUAUUUUUUCUCUUUAACCUGUAUUGCUUCGUAAACAAUAAGUGUCAUUAUUUCAUUUUCAAAAACUCAUAAUAUUUUCAUACUUAUUCACAGAUUGAAUGUUCCUCCACAGGUAAUCAAAGAGAAUGAAAAUCCUGACAGCGACUUGGUUAAAUAUAAGUAUUCUACGGUUUAA